AUGAUAAGCCUCAUAGAUUAUGGAUCAUAUGAAGUGCUCAAAGAAUGUCCACCAACACAUAAGAAAAAUGAUAAGGAGAGCAAAUCUAUAACAGAGAUAUUUGGAAAAAUGGUCAAACAUUUCGAAAAUCAUCAUUCUAAGAAUCUAAACGUAAUGAAUGUAUCUCUUCAAUUUAAUAUUCAGAGCCGUAGGGUAUACGACUUCUUUAAUGUAUUCUCCGCCCUUGGAGUUUGCAAAUCACAAUACAAAGGAUCAAUUUCUUGGCUUUCAGUUAAUAAUAUUGCAGAUACAAUCAAAAAGGCUUACUAUGAAAUUGAAGUUGAUUCUGACAACUUCUCAUUUCAAGAAUUAUUUUCCUUCGAACAGUCUCCUUCACUUGGAGCCCUUGCAAUCAGAUUUAUUACACUUUACUUCUUCUUAAAUGUCAAUAUACUCUGCAUCCAUGAUGUUGCAACUUUGUUUUUGAACCCAACUUCGGAUAGGAAGUCUUUAGAAAGAAGGUUGUAUCUAGUCCUGGGCAUACUAGAGAUAGUUGGUUUGGUUCAUCACUCUCAAAGAACAGGUGAGUAUCGAAUCACAAUAAAUACUGAGGAGGUUGUGCUUGAAGUAUUGGAGUUAAAAAAAAAGAAUUUAAAAAAUUAUAGUAUUCUUAGCCUCCUCAAUACCGUUAAUCAAAAGUAUUUAGAUACGAUAUUCCCUCUACGCCGAGAAGAAUACUUGAAAAUAGUUCAGGGAUAA